AUGCUUUUCCUCUGGGUGAAGCUGGGUUUGACCCUGCUCCUAGCUAGGUUCACCGUAGCGUCUUUCAAUAUCUACGCCAAGUACGAUCAUAAUGUUAUUGCUGCAGCUCUUGGGGUUUCGUCUCAAUGCCUGUCAGCAUUGAAUCAAACAGUGGAAUGUGAUCAGACGAAUGCUGCUCGGGCAGCUCGGGGUAUUGACAAUGAUUUUUGGUAUAGGGAUAACCUCACGGCGCUCUGCACACAGGAGUGCUCGGCCUCUCUAGCUUCAUGGCUGUCAACAGUGGAAAAGGAGUGCUCCAAAGACGAAGUAACUACAAAUGGUAUUCUUUUCGAACCAAAGGCAUUUCCUCUGAAAUACAUUGCCGGCCAUGACCUUGCCUGCCUCCGGGAUGUUUCCGACACUUUUUGCAUCCUGGAAUCUCAGAAAUGGGACGGUAGCGUUUAUACCAAAUGGGAUAUGGAAAGUUGCAACGAAGAAAACCCUCCAGCGUCCUGUGGCGAGCAAGUUGAUCCCGGAAAAGAACAACCUAUGUCCGUUACGAAUGCGUAUCCACGAGAGCAGUAUUGCAGCGAGUGUUUCCUGUUGCUGUGGAGGCAGCGUCUUCUUUCGCCCACUCUUCCUCCCGGUAACUUUACCGAUUAUCUCAUCGACCAGUUCAAGGUGUUGGAAGAGACAUGCUCGACAGAAUUACCGUUCUCAACGUCUGCUCAAACCCUUAUCAUUGGAGCUGCGACUCGCGCCCCUUCCUCUCCGACUCGCAGGAGUGUCAUGAGGAAGUCCAUGAAUCCACAUAGAGGGCCGCAUUAUAGUACUGCACUUUUAACCUUAAGUGAAGCCGUGCCUCCGAUGCCUACCCAGCCGGGUGCGAUCGCAUCUUGCGGUGCCUAUUAUAACGUAGUUCCUGGUGACACGGUUUGCCGGCCCGUGAGCUCUUUCCUUUUCAAAUCCCAGCUAAUGAUAUGGAGUAGUGCGUAUCUAUUGCGCGUCGAUUGCAUUGGCCGACCUUUACUAGCAAACUUCAAGGACUCGUUUUGGACACCAGUGCUUUAUAGCUUUGGCAACAUUACUAACAAGGAUCAUAGUGGAAUCGACUACAGUGAAGUAUUGGACUACAACACGCAGAUCGAUUCUGAGUGUAACAAUCUAUGGGUCAACUACGCUAUCUGUGUAGCACCCGUGACUACAGCGCCGACAGAGCCCGAAUGGAAAAGCCCAUCUGAAGGAUCGUGUGAAGGUGACCUUCCCCUAAUGAGCAAACCUUGGUCGCCCCUUAGACCCCGGCCGACUAAGGUCACGGAACCCCCAGAGCUCAUCAGCAAAGAUGGAAGGUGUAAUCAAACUGUCAGCUGCGUAGGAUCUGGCUUCGGUGAGUGCUGUAGUACCAGUGGGUACUGCGGCUCAGGGCCGUUGUGGUGCGGUCUCGGCAACUGCGUCUCUGGGAGUUGUGACUCUAAACCCGGCCAAGUUAGCACUGAUGGAAGCUGUGGGCCGCGUUUUCCGGGCAAUAAAAUUUGCGAAGGGUCAAAAUUUGGCGAUUGUUGUUCCAUUAGAGGCUACUGUGGUUCAACAGAAUUGUACUGCGCAGCUGACAAUUGCCACUCUGGGAAUUGUGAGAAAAAGGCCGGCGGAGACAACAAGGAUGGCAAAGAUGAUAAGAAGGAUUAGGAUGAAGACCUAGAUGACAACAAUGUUGAGGUGAGGUGUUAGGAGCAAGAAAACAUCAGCAUUCACAAGAAAUGCACAUGAUACUGCUUUAGUUAGUAUUUACACUACCUGAGGUGACUAUUGUUAUAAUGAAAACUAUGGGGAUCAGCCGUUGCAACAAGGCUUCUUGUGGCUGGAUAAUUCUCCCUGUUGUCAUAUCAAGAUUAAGUAGCAUUGCUGGCCUGGCCUGCUGAUAUCGAGAGAAUAAUCAACA